AAUUCGGAGAAGUGCCCGACAUCCACUUCGCAGGGAUUGCCAGGGCAGCAGGUCCCCUCGUGCUGUGGCCGGAAAGGCGAUUCCCCCAGGGCUUUGUGCUUGCGGAGCCCUUGACGGUCUGUGGGCGUCGGGAUUGCGACUUGAGCGAGCUUCAGAGCUACACUUGGACAGAAGUCACCAAUGCCUCAAGGAGCUGCUGGACCCGAGAUCAACGCGGCUGGUACUACAAGCCGGAAGCAGUGACAUGCCAAACCUGCGUCUAUGUCGGUGACACCACCACGGCUUCAAGCACUUUCACGGAAACAAGCACUACGACGUUGACUGUGACUGUGCCUGCUGCAGCUGUAUGGGAGCCGGUUGGCGCCCCAGGCGAAUCUGCGUGCCGUGGUCGCAACGUCAACGACAACUUGGGGGUGUACUAUACGGUGCACGGCAGCAAGAGCAUCGAGGAAUGCAAGGAUCUUUGUCUUCAGCACUACCCAAGGUGCAAAGGCAUCGAGUACAGCAACAAUCGAUGUGAGAUCUGGACUAGGUUUCACCUGUUUGGCAUUCUGGUCCGAGUCGAUCCUGCCUUGAAGAG